UUUUCUAGACAACAACUUCAUCGUCUUCAUCUAAUCAUCUUCGUCUUCUUCUUCUAUCCUUUUCCGGUUUUCCCCAAAUUUGCUUUCUUCAUUCAUUCAUGGAUUGUGCUUCCACUCUCUCUAUCUACACUCAGCCUAAACCAACCAGCUUCACGCCGGCCGGCUAUCUGCUGCUUCGCCGGCGGCUAUAUUUCUCAACUACACCGAACUAUGUCAGUUCACGACGACGUCGUUUGCAAUUCCGAACGUUUGUUGUUAGAAACGAUUCAGCUAAUUCUGGCCGUUCAGGUAGAAGUAGGAGAGUUUAUAGAGAGUCGCAGUCGGAAACGGCGCCGGUAACCGCCGUUCCGGUGAAGGAGAUUGCUUCUUUUGUGUUGCCGGUCGGCAGCUUCGUUGUCGUCACUUUUGUUAUGUGGAAGUUGGUGGAGAAACUGAUGAUGCCCAAGCAGGCAAAAGCUCCAGCUGCUGAUAAAAAACCAACCGAAGGAGUGAAAUGGUCUUUUGCAGCAGGGACAAACUUGUUACCUAAUUUUGGUGCAAAGAUCGAAAGGGAAUCCAAACUCCGACUCAAUGACUUUGCCAAAGAACUUAGGUCAUUCAGUAUUGUUGACAUGUCAGGUCGUAACUUUGGAGACGAAGGUCUUUUUUACCUUGCAGAGAGCUUAGCUUACAACCAGGUUGCUGAAGAUGUGAAUUUUGCUGCUAAUGGAAUAACUGCAGAAGCAAUUAAAGCAUUUGACGGUGUUCUGCAAUCAAACAUUACCCUGAAGACGCUUAACCUAUCAGGCAACAAUAUUGGCGAUGAAGGAGCAAAGAUUUUAAGUGAAAUUCUUGCAGAAAAUAAUGGUAUUCAGAAGCUCCAGCUGAAUAGUACUGGGCUAGGGGAUGAGGGAGCAAAGGCUAUUGCUGGGAUGCUAAAGAAAAACUCAACUUUGCGUACACUUGAACUGAACAACAAUUUGAUCGAUUAUUCUGGAUUUUCCGGCCUUGCUGAGGCACUUCUUGAGAACAAGUCUCUACAAAGCUUGUAUCUAAAUGGAAACUAUGGGGGUGCUUUAGGGGCUUCUGCACUUGCUAAAGGGCUUGAGGGUAACAAAGCUUUAAGGGAACUUUUUUUGCACGGGAACUCCAUUGGCGAUGAAGGAGUUCGUGCAUUGAUUGCUGGGCUGUCUUUACAUAAAGGAAAACUCACAGCUCUGGACAUUGGUAACAAUAUGAUAACCUCAAAAGGCGCAUUUCAUGUUGCGGAAUACAUCAAAAGAACUAAAUCUUUGUUGUGGCUGAAUGUAUACAUGAAUGACAUUAAAGACGAGGGAGCUGAGAAAAUAGCUGAGGCUUUAAAGGAGAACCGUUCAAUAACAAACAUAGACUUGGGAGGAAAUGACAUUCAUGCUAAAGGGAUCACUGCAAUAGCCGAAGUUCUAAAAGAUAACAGUGUGAUAACAGCUCUUGAACUUGGUUAUAAUCCCAUUGGACCAGAUGGGGCAAAAGCGUUGGCUGACAUUCUCAAAUUUCACGGAAAUAUAAAAACUCUCAUGAUUGGGUGGUGUAAGAUAGGAGCAAAAGGUGCAGAAUUCAUAGCUGAUACUUUGAAAUACAACAAUACAAUCUCCACUUUGGAUCUACGGGCUAAUGGGCUUAGUGAUGAGGGUGCCAAAUCUCUAGCUCGCAGCCUGAAGGUGGUCAAUGAAGCUCUCGUGUCGCUCGAUUUAGGAUUCAAUGAAAUUAGAGAUGAAGGGGCUUUCUCCAUUUCUCAAGCGUUGAAGGCUAAUGAAGAUGUGAGACUCACAUCACUGAAUCUUGCUAGCAACUUCCUUACAAAGUUAGGGCAGAGUGCCCUAAUUGAUGCAAGAGACCAUGUAUACGAGAUGAACGAAAAAGAAUUAAGCAUCGGUUUCUAAACAAGCAUCUUUGAGCAUGAUGAAUAUUUAUUUAAACUUGGUGUGGGCGGGCAUCCCUCAACCGCAGGGAUGUUUAGAAAUUUUGGUACAGAGAUUUCAGCUUUUGUUGUUGAGGAACUUUCACCCUUAGCGGUAAACAUAGGGUUGGUGUUAUCAUUUUGCUUUAAGAUCACGAUUAUGAAGGUAAAGAUUAUUAUUGUUACUACCAUUCCGCACCCCUUGCAUUGGUGUAUUAGGUUU